AUGUCUCACCGCAGUUUUGCUGCCAUCUGGACUCAACCUGAGGGGCGACCAGACAUCGCCAAUAUCGUCCGGGAGCAGAUUGGAGAACACAUCUUGGAUUCGUCCGAUGCGCCCAAUCUGGAUAGACCUCUAACCUCCUCACUACCUCUCAUCGCACUUUUCAAAGUUAUUUUCGACCUCCAAAGGACAUAUUAUCAAUGUUCGACUGCCCAGGUCGAGUCUGCACAUCUUCUACCGACUCGGCUACUCCGUCUCGCUAUCAUUUACCUUCUCAGAAUCAAGUGCAAAGCCCUUCGAAGCGGUUCAACACUCUAUGCGGCCCAACGAAGCUUCCUGGCUCGAGUGCUAAUAUCAGGACUUCGGGCAUUAUGGUUGGCACUCGGGUUCCACAGGUGUGACCUCCCCGACGAAUCGGUAAAGGAGCUUAGCAUUGCAUUCGACCAGGCGUGGAAAGGAGAAGAGCUCGUUGAGCUCGUUGAGCUCGACAGAUUUCUCAUCAGAAUUCAACACAUCAUUAUAUCAGCAGAACUUUCGAGACCCACGUCUGACCUCUCGAUUCCUGCCCGCGGGAAGGUCCGUCUACCAAAUCAUAGCACGGGAUUGUAUCCAUUGGAAAGUCGCCCCGAUGAGUUGUUGGCCCCUGUCAGAGAUGCCACUGCAUCAUUUGACUUCCUCUCAGAUUGGUCUUUGAGCUAUUGGACUCUCUUUGAUAUAACUUGGACGACCGAGGCGGCACUGAUCCAGUUGGUUGUGCACUCGUCAAACGUUAGCGGCAAGGGCAAGUCAGCUGCUCCGACGCCAGACGAUAUCAAGCAAGUCUGUACUACUCGAGAGAAAGUGUUACACACCAUUUUCCAGUCGGGGAAUAUUCCAACUGUAGCCAAAAGCUCCAUUGCUGCCAUUCUUCUUGCCCCUUGGUGCAAAAAUACGUGCAGUUGCUUGGAAAGAGCAGGCUCUCCGCUGGACUAUUCGGGUUCCGAGAGCGCCAAAUUACCUUCUCUGGGUGUGUCUUCUCCUGAACCACCACACCUCGAACUGGAUCAAUGCCUUAACGAAUUGGCAAGGACUUUGGAAUCGCGCAAAGAAGGCCUCCGUGACUGCAACGGUGACAUGAAGAGUCUCUCGGAUAAUUUUGAUGACUGCAUGAAUGCCUGGUAUUCAGAAACUUCCUCAAUCCGCCUUGCGAGUAGCAGUUCCCGCCGUGCUCGAAGAUCUGCAUACAUUUUUCAAUGCCCCAAACUACAUCCAAUCCCCUACGAUAUUCUCAGAGGGCUUAUUAUUGAAGAUGAUAAGAGAACUGGCAUUACGGAUCUCGAGAAUAAUUCACCCUUCUUCAAAGUUGAUAUUACUUGCAGCCAGUGCGAGAUCCCAUACCCUGUUGUAUGGGUUCGUCGCAUCGAGCCGUUAGGCCACCUUUCUGCGAUGAUGACGGACAAGCUCAGAAAACAACCAACUCGGCAGGAAUCGUUCCAGCCAGGAAUAAACAACGGAGAUCCAUUGCGGGCAAACUCCUCCGGUAAUUCCAGCAGUCGGACAGACACGAAUAGCACCAGCCUUAGCAAGAAGGAACCAUCACGACACGGAAAACUCAGCGAAGUUUUUGGAGAAACCGAUAAGAAACCGUUUUACUCCUUCUCCGCAGAUGGACAAUGUGUAAUUCUGUGGAUGAAAAAGGGCUCCUAUGUUGUUCUCUACGACAUCGAUUCCAACAAAUUCGAAGAAAGGCCGGCCAAAGACGUUAGCUUGGCCGCUCAAGGGGCCAAAAGACAAGAACACCAUCUCCAUACCCGUUGGAGGCGUGAUGGGCAAGAGCUAUUUUCGAGAACGAUCAGCGAACCCGUUUGCGGCAUCGCCGUGUCCCGCAACGACAAGUUUGUCGCUGUGGUAGGGACCAGCUCAGUCUACGUCUACGAGCUCGGGAACGGGGCCCUUCACCAUCACUCCCUGCCCCCGUUGAUUCCUCCUAAUCGUCUGGACAGCCAACGAAUCGAUUUUUCGGCUGAUUGCGAGGAGGUCGUCGUGGCGACUCGGGGAUCCGAGCGUGGCGUCGUCCAAGUGUAUGACAACAAGUGCACGAGUCCCAACACUAGCCACUCUGUGUUCAGCAUCGAAGUACCCCGUGAGUCUGGCAAUGACUUUGGACUUUCGUCAGUACUCUGCGUCAACCCUAGCUCCAUAUGCAUAACAGCGUUCACGAGGAAGACGCCACCGGUCCUGUUUUCGAGGCUCUCUCCGCGUGAUCGGCCUGCGACAGUCGGUACCAGCUACGAUCCCCACUUGGGAACUCAAAUCCAAUGUGCCGCGCACAGCCCCUCGGGACACAAACUGGUGCUGGUGAACAACGAGAACGAAGUCUUCUCCGGACAGCAGCGCCAGGAUGCCAGAUGGCAUUUCGAGAAGAUUUGGCAUCUUAGUUCCCUCAAGAAACCGGUCAGGCGGGAGGACUGGAUGGCGGUUGGAAUGCCAGACGAGCACACCAUCCAUUUGUUCUGGGUUAAGAGAGGCAAUGAAUGGGGACUCAAGACCAUAUGA